UUUCUCAAUCCUAUGAUUUCAAAUCUGAAAAGUUAGGAAUUUAAAUAUAAAAUUUUCUAAAUUAACUUGACAAAACAUCAAAAUGAGAGGUCGAGGAGGACGUGGACGGGGUGGAAUGCAUCGUGGAACAAACAGAGUGUUUGUGCCUCACAUUCCAUUUGAUUUUGUGAUGUGUGAACAAGCUUUCCCAAGAGUGAAGCCAGCACCUGAUGACGAAGCUUUUACCCAGGCUCUAAUAAAACGAAACCAAGACUUGAACGUGACUUCGGAAGAGCAAGCGUCAAUACUGUCGUUCGUGACUAAAAUAUGCAAUGCAAUCGAUUCCAUCAUUGUAUCACAGCCUGCUGGGUUUGAUAUUCAAGUCGAUGAAUGCAGACAAGUCGGAGACUUCAAGAAAGGAACAAUGACAAAAGGCAACAACGUAGCCGAAGUUGUCAUUAUUCUGAAAACUUUACCAACGAAAGAGAUUGUCAAACAACUAGCAGAAAAGAUUAUUGAAACAGUAAAGAAGGGAGAGGAUUCUGAAAUCACACUUACAAUGACCGAAACAGAGAAUGGAUUUGAGCUCAUUGAUGGUCAGGAUAAAGUCUCAGUGGGGAUUGCAAUUCCCCCAGGAAACAUGAGAAAGCUGGAUUCCUCAACUCAUAUGAGUCACAAGAUACUGCAAUCAUCCCUCGCUGCUAUUCGUCAUGUCAGAUGGUUCGAGGAAAAUGCUUUUCAUUCAAGCAUCAAGAUGUUGAUUCGUCUCCUGAAAGAUCUCCGAUCAAGAUUUGCAGGGCUCGAGCCUUUGACAAUGUGGAUAAUAGACUUGCUAGCUCACCAUGCGAUCAUGAAUACGCCAAGCAGGCAACCUCUCCCGAUUAAUGCAGCUUUCAGGCGAUGUCUUCAACUUCUCUCUUCUGGUUUUUUCCUUCCUGGUUCAGCAGGAAUCGUUGACCCGUGUGAAAGUGGAAAUGUUAGAGUUCAUACAGUAAUGAAUUUGGAACAACAGGACAUGGUUUGUUACACAGCCCAGACCUUGCUCCGAGUUUUAGCUCACGGAGGUUUCCGAGCGAUUCUUGGACUGGAAGGAGAAACAACGAUUGCAACGGAGAUGUCUGUGUGGAAUGGAGUUGUAGUGACACCUAGUGAUCGAGCGUACGAGAAAGCGACGGAAAAAGACGCAGAUUCUGAAGCAAUGGAUACAUCACAAACAUCGUAAAUGCUGGAAUUCAAGGAAUUCAAAAUGGGAGCCAGAGAUUUGGAAAUUUUUUUUUGGAAAAUAUACGUUUCUGAAAUAGGGCUUUGGUACAUUACUGAUAUACUCUGCCACAAAUUUUAUGGACUGUACCCUAGAUUCUGAUACCCACCCUGGACUUGCAAACCGACCAAAAAAUUUGGUUCGCGCUGUGGAAGUAAGCUCGCUUGCUAGCUUUCUCUCUUCUACCCUUUCAAGUGCUUCCUAAAUCAUGCCUAUCUAAAAAUGAGAAAUAAAAUUUUUUUCAAUAACACUCUGGCUCUCCAUCUUACAUGCUUUCUUGAAACCUAAGCCUACUACCGCUAUGUAUGAAAAGUCUUGUCGGUUUCCAAGAUUUGUCCUGGGCACUGCUGCCCUCCAAGUUUACUCUUUUGCUUUGCCGCUAGACUACUUUUUCAUGCCUUGAUGGCAAUAAAAUACCAGUUUGCGGCAUUUUUCUGAUCUAAAAUGUAGUGGAAAGAGAAUGGUUGCUCGCUAUUCACCAGAAUUUCCAACUGUAGCAUAAACUGAUUUGACUAAAAGUUUUGAAGAGACUCCCAAACGUUGUACUUGGCGUGAUCUGGAUAUGUGAUGUAAUAGUUAAUUUUUGUGUCCAAUUGAAAUUUGGUGAGAUAUUUUAGAGCAAGGGUGUGCAACCUGCGGCCCGCAGGGCGAAUGCUCAAACACAAGGAAAAAUUGUGCUGCCCACGGAGAAGUACGGCCUACCUUUUUAAUUUAGUUAGAGCCGGUACAUUGUAAUCUGGUAAUUCCAUUCCCUUGCGUUGCAAAGCCUACACCAGAGUCUAAAUUAUUAUCUAUGACGUUUAAAAUCUAGCUUUUGCGAAUUGAACAACACAGGUGAUGAGCCUCGACUAGUACCGGUAGCUAAAAUUUUUGUGCCUCAACUGGUAGAAAGUCAAUGUUAAAUAAAGGUGCACCCGUAGUUUCACCCAGUUGUUUGUAUCUGGCCCAUCUGUAUUUAAGGUUGCACACCCCUUUUCUAGAGAAUUCCUCUUAAAUUUCUGUCGAAUCAUUUGAUUAUUUUCUCGGUAUUCAUGAAUAACGCUGCUUGUUUGUUGAAGUGUGACCUAUUGGAUUUUUCAAAAAAAUAAAUAAAUUUGGAAUGUUUGUGA